AUGGCAUCCCGCCAAGACGUCGCCUCCGGGAGGCCAGCGCAGGAAGGUAGAACAGGACCUGAGGCAAUGGGUAUAAAGGAUGACCGGUUUGAGGGCUGUAGCGGUUAUGUUUACUCAGUGGCCUUCUCGGACGACUCGACCCAGCUAGCGUCAAGGUCUAGUAACAAGGCUAUCAAGAUCUGGGAUGCGAGCAGUAGGACGUGUGUGCACACGCUCGAGGGUUAUAGCAAUAAUGUUAGGUAG